AUGCCGGAUGUUACUGUAACAUGCUGGCAGACUGAGUUUUAUUCCUUCUUCCUUGCUAGCGCAGCUGCUGGCUUUGUCAUUACGGAUUCAUCUGGUUCUUUCCUUGGAGGGGGGGGUCUGAAGAGAUGUGGGAAGAGUUGCAGGCUGAGAUGGCUCAACUAUCUAAGGCCAGACAUCAAACGUGGUGGGUUCUCAGAGGAAGAGGAUCAAAUCAUCUGUAGCCUCUAUAUUAGUAUCGGGAGCAGGUGGUCAAUAAUUGCAGCCCAAUUGCCUGGGAGAACAGAUAAUGACGUCAAGAACUAUUGGAACACCAGGCUGAAGAAGAAACUCUUUGGGAAGCGAAGGGAUUCAUGUUCAAGGCAGUCUAGCCGUCUCUCCAUUAACCACGAUCCAAAGGAGGAAACCAAUGGGAUGAGCCCUGACGCAUCUUCUCAAGCUUUGAGCACAUCGGCCCUUGAAAGGAUGCAACUCCACAAGCAGCUCCAAGGUCUCUACGACCCCUUCUCUUUCUAUAAUAACCCUGCACUGUGGCCAAAGUUCCACCCCUUGGGGGGGGAGAAGCUCUUCUUCCAUAUCCAACACACAGAUGCCAAUACUAUUGCUGCCACCCCGGUGCCACAAGCCUCUGAUGCCACCAUGAUUGAGCCCUCCGGUCAAAAUGUGUUCCUGAUCAAACCCGAGAUGCUGAAUCCUACGGAUCCUAGUAUACAAGAAGAUCCAAACAGCUCUACCUUAGCGUUCCCUUCGCCUUCGAGCUCUGGUGCUCUCAGCGUGGAGAAUUCCAACUCGAACUUUAAUGAUGCUGCUGUGGGACUUCAAGACGAGCUCCAUGAUUUGCUGUAUCAGAAAAUCGGGUGUUCCAGAGGGCCGGAACAGCAACAACAGACCGAAUUCGACUGCUACAAAGAUUUGAAUGGCGAAAAGGAGAGCAUGAAUUGGUGGGCCACUGAUGGUUUUGAGAAGUCAUUAUCAGGAUCUUGGGACUCAGUUUCCAAUCUCCAGGCUGACCUGCUCAACGAGUAUGAUGAGUUUGGGUAUCGUUUAUAGUUUUCGUUAGAGCCGAUUUCUAAGAGUGGCAUUAGUGAUACGGUCUACAUUUGUGAAUAACUGUGCUGUUCUUCUCACCAUGAAACAACUAAAACCAGUUAUGAAAAUUUCUUCUGACUCCUCUUUUCUCUUCUUCUUAUUAAA